AUGUCCGCCUCUCAACCCACUACCAUCCCACCCGAGGCUCACGAACAAUUGGUAACGCCGUGGGAUGUACAGGGCUCAGUAUCCGCUGAUGGCAAGCAACUUGCGAUCGACUACGACAAGUUGAUUGUCCAGUUCGGGACGCGCAGAGUUGAUGCAGAACUUCUGGAGCGGUUCGAGAAAUUGACAGGACAUAAGCCGCAUCCGUUGCUGAGGCGGGGAAUGUUUUUCUCGCAUCGAGAAUUUGACAAGAUUUUAGAUCGGUAUGAACAGGGAAAACCUUUCUUCUUGUACACGGGACGCGGCCCAAGUAGUGAUAGCAUGCAUCUCGGGCAUAUGAUACCAUUCCUCUUUACCAAAUGGUUGCAGGAUGUCUUUGAUGUCCCACUGGUUGUCCAGCUGACCGAUGACGAGAAAUUUUUGUUCAAGCACGAACUAAAAGCUGAGCAGACGCUACAGUUCUCAAAGAGCAACGCAAAAGACAUCAUCGCGGUGGGAUUUGAUGUCAAGAAGACAUUUAUCUUUAGCGAUUUCGAAUACGUCGGCGGACCAUUUUACCGCAACGUCGUCAAAAUAUCAAGGCAAAUAUCAUACAAUCAAUCAAAAGCUACAUUUGGGUUCAACGACUCGGACAAUAUUGGCAAAAUCCAUUUCUGCGCCGUUCAAGCAGCCCCGUCAUUCUCUAACUCGUUCCCUCACAUAUUCGGCGAAGUUUCUAAUAUCCCUUGCCUCAUUCCCUGCGCGAUAGACCAGGAUCCAUACUUCCGGCUUACCCGUGAUGUCGCACAGAAACUCAAGUACCCCAAACCAUGCCUCAUUCACUCCCGUUUCUUCCCUGCUCUACAAGGACCUCAGACGAAGAUGAGCGCAUCGGAUGCGACCUCAAGUAUAUUCAUGACAGAUACCCCGAACCAGAUCAAAAAUAAGAUCAAUAAGCAUGGCUUCUCUGGUGGUAGGGAGACGGAGGAGGAACACAGGAAACUUGGAGGUGAUACGGACGUGGACGUUUCAUAUCAAUAUCUGAGCUUCUUCCUGGACGACGACGAAGAACUUGCGAAGAUAGGCGAGGAUUACAGGACAGGACGUCUACUUACAGGACAGUUGAAAGCACGUUGCAUCCAAAUGUUGCAGGAGUUCGUGAAGGCCUUCCAAGAGCGGAAAGCCAAGAUCACAGAUGAGGACGUCAACGCAUUCAUGGACUCAAACAGGAAAAUAGAACCCAAUUUCGGCAAGCGAUUACAGACAUCAUGA